AGCUGCAGAGACUGCUACUGGGACAAGAUCCUUGGUGAUCUCUAGAUCUACUUAUCCCUCCAGUGGAAACUACAGUGGUCAUUGGCUCGGUGACAACAGAAGUCAGUGGCCUGAUCUUCAUCGAUCAAUUAUUGGCAUGCUAGAAUUUAACCUCUUCGGCAUACCAUACAUUGGUGCAGAUAUAUGUGGAUUUUUCGGAGAUACAACUCCAGAAAUGUGUAAAAGGUGGAUGCAGCUUGGAGCAUUUUAUCCUUUCUUUAGAAAUCACAAUGGCUUGGACCAAAAGGAUCAAGAUCCAGUAGCGUUAGGUGAGAUGGUAACAGAUGCAUCUAAGAGAGCUGUGGAACAACGGUACAACUUGCUACCAUACUUGUACACUCUGUUCUACAGAGCCCAUGCAGAUGGCAACACUGUCGUCCGACCCCUCUUUCACGAGUUCCCAACUGAUGAGAUUACUUGGGAUAUAGACAAGCAAUUUAUGUGGGGAAAAUCUCUUCUCGUUUCUCCCAUCUUAAAACCAGAUCAGAGCAGUCUUUCAUUGUAUCUACCUGAAGGAGAAUGGUGGCAUUUUGAAUAUGAGCAGAGUAGGACAGAAAGAUUGACUGGCCAAUACGUGAUCAAGACAGAUAUGAAAUCAAAUAUUCCAGUACAUAUCAGAGGAGGCACGAUUCUACCCAUUCAACAGUACGUCUUAAGAAACAGCUCAAAUGAAGACACUAGAAACUUGAGCUUGUACAUUUUCCCCCAGCAAGAUAAAGCAUCUGGAGAACUUUUUCUCGACGACGGCCUUUCUAAAAAUACAAUAGAAAAUAAUUUGUACAUACUCUACCAGUUUUCUUAUGAGAAUUGUAUUGUGCAAGUUACUAAACUGGGCAACGCGACUUGGAAUGAUCUAACAACUAAUUUGAUGGAUGUUUACGUUUUUAAAGUUAAAACCGUGACAAAUGUGGAAAUUAACAACACAACGAAACAGUUUACUUUGGACGACAAGCUAAAUGUCCUAAAAGUAAACGCAAAUAUGGAACUGAAAGAAAUCACAUCACUAGCUUGGGCAGAUAAAAAAAAUGGCUGUCAGAUGUUAGCCUAAGGCAAAACAGUGGAACUCAAAUCGUAUUCAAGAAUCAACACUAGAAGAAAGAAAUCUCUACUGUUUCAAAUUGUAUUUUGUAAUAUUUAUGUAAUUUAUUAUACAAUGUUUUUUUAAGACAGAUAAAUAAAUACAAAUUUUGUAACCA